AUGACCGACGCAAAAUAUUUUACAACAACAAAGAAAGGUGAAAUAUUUGAAUUAAAGAAUGAACUAAAUUCUGACAAGAAAGAGAAGAAACGGGAAGCCGUCAAAAAAGUUAUUGCAAGUAUGACUGUUGGGAAAGAUGUUAGUGCUCUUUUCCCUGAUGUUGUUAAUUGUAUGCAGACAGAUAAUGUUGAAUUAAAGAAAUUAGUUUACCUUUAUUUAAUGAAUUAUGCAAAAAGUCAACCAGAAUUGGCUAUUAUGGCUGUAAAUACUUUUGUUAAGGAUUGUGAAGAUCCUAAUCCAUUAAUUAGAGCAUUAGCUGUUCGAACUAUGGGAUGUAUUCGAGUUGACAAAAUUACUGAAUAUUUGUGUGAACCACUCAGAAAAUGUAUGAAAGAUGAAGACCCUUAUGUGAGAAAAACUGCAGCAAUUUGUGUUGCUAAAUUACAUGAUAUUAACGCACAAAUGGUUGUUGAUCAAGGUUUUGUUGAAAUGCUGACUGAUUUGUUGAGUGAUGCUAAUCCUAUGGUUGUUGCAAAUGCUGUUGCUGCUAUAACAGAAAUAAAUGAGUCUCAUACUCUUAUUGAGAUAAAUGCCCAAACUGUUAAUAAAUUACUAACUGCUUUGAACGAAUGUACCGAAUGGGGUCAAGUAUUUAUUUUAGACGCUCUUGCAAAUUAUCAGCCAAAGGAUGAACGGGAAGCACAAAAUAUUUGUGAAAGAAUAAGUCCAAGACUUGCUCAUGCGAAUGCAGCUGUUGUACUUUCUACUGUUAAAGUUUUGAUGAAAUUGUUGAAUAUGCUCUCCGAAAAUUCUGAUUUUUCUACUCAAUUGAUUAAAAAAUUAGCACCACCAAUGGUUACUUUGUUGUCUGCGGAACCAGAAAUUCAAUAUGUUGCGCUUAGAAAUAUUAAUUUAAUUGUUCAAAAAAGACCGGACAUUUUAAAACAAGAAAUGAAAGUUUUUUUCGUUAAAUACAAUGAUCCAAUUUAUGUAAAAAUGGAGAAAUUAGAUAUAAUGAUUCGUUUAUCCCAGCAAAGUAAUAUUGCACAAGUACUUUCUGAGUUAAAAGAAUAUGCAGCUGAAGUAGAUGUUGAUUUUGUUCGAAAAGCUGUUAGAGCAAUUGGUCGUUGUGCAAUUAAAGUAGAACAAAGUGCUGAAAGAUGUGUAAAUACUCUUUUAGAAUUAAUUCAAACAAAAGUUAAUUAUGUAGUACAGGAAGCUGUUGUUGUUAUAAAAGAUAUUUUUCGAAAAUACCCAAAUCGUUAUGAAGGCAUAAUUUCAACACUUUGUGAAAAUUUGGAUACACUUGAUGAACCUGAAGCUAGAGCUUCUAUGAUAUGGAUUGUUGGUGAAUAUGCUGAACGUAUUGAUAAUGCUGAUGAAUUAUUAGAGUCUUUUGUUGAUGGUUUUCAUGAUGAAAAUACCCAAGUUCAAUUACAAUUACUAACUGCUGUUGUUAAAUUAUUUCUGAAAAGACCAAACGAUACACAGCAAUUGGUACAAAAAGUCUUGACUUUGGCUACACAGGAUAGUGACAAUCCUGAUUUACGUGAUCGUGGAUACAUUUAUUGGCGUUUAUUGAGUGCUGACCCUCAAGCAGCAAAGGAAGUAGUUUUGGCUGAAAAACCAUUAAUUUCUGAAGAGACUGAUUUACUUGAACCUUCGCUUUUGAAUCAAUUGGUUUGUCAUAUUGGUUCUCUUGCUUCUGUCUAUCAUCGACCUCCGUCCUCAUUCAUCGAUCCAAUUCGGCAUCCUGUAAAGACGGCGUCAUUACCUGGAAGCAAUCAACAAGAACAACAAAUUGUUUCGCCUGCUGAAAAUGUUCAAAAACAACCAACUGUAAUUCAACCACCACAAGAUUCAAUUAUUGCUGAUCUUCUUUCAUUAGAUUUAUCUGUUCCUUCUGCACCUGCUCCAGCAACACAACAACCUUCAACAUCUGCUUUGAUCAGUGACAUUUUUGGUUCGCCACAACCCGUUGCUCCUCCAACUGUGCAACCAGCGUUGGCUAGUAUUUUUGAUACACCUCCACCACCACCACCUGCUGCGGCACCAACAUCUACAUCUAUUUUUGAUACUACUUCUCCAUCAAUAUUUGCACCUCCGGCUGCGCCAACAUCAUCUCCUUUAGAUCUUCUUGGUAGUGGAACUGGAGCCACAAUUCCAACUCAACCACCACAACAGUUAUCGUCUGCUGAUAUUUUUGGUUUAAGUUUUGGUGGAAGUAGUGCUGGAGAUUUAACUUCUUUAAUGGGUGUUGGAACAACACAAUCAUCAAAUAUUUGGUUAGAUGCUUCUAAAAGUAAAGGACUUCAAUUGGAGGGCCGAUGGUUACGCCGUAAUGGGCAAAUUGUUGCUGAAAUGAAUUUAACAAAUCGAGCACUUCAACCAUUAGACGGAUUUGCUAUUCAAUUUAAUUCUAAUUCUUUUGGUCUUAUUCCUUCUUCGCAAUUUAAUCCUGGAACUAUAUUUCCAAAUCAAACAAUUUCAACAACACUUAAUUGUUCAACUAAUGGACCUGUCCAAAAAAUGGAACCAUUAAGCAAUCUUCAAGUUGCAAUAAAAAAUAAUAUUGAUGUCUUCUAUUUUGCUGUUGUUCUUCCAUUAAAUGUUUAUUUUGAUGAAAGUGGACAAAUGGACAAAAGAGAUUUUCUUCAAUUAUGGAAAGAUAUUCCUGAACAAAAUGAAAUUCAAUUUACAAUUCAAAACACAAAAGGACUUAGUGCUGAUGAUAUUUGCUCUGUUUUACAGCAAAAUAAUGUUUUUACUGUAGCUAGACGAACUGUUGAUGGACAAGAAUUAUUAUAUCAUUCAAUUAAAUAUACUAAUCAAGUAUUUAUUUUAUCGGAAUUGAAAAUGCAACGACAAAAUGCAACAUUGACUUUAUCUCUAAAAUCACGUCAUCUUAGUGCAAUUGCCAAUUUAAGUGAACAUUAUCAACUAUUAUUGGACUCGGCUAUGCCAGCUAAACUUAUGUAG